GUCAUCCUGGAAUACACAGUAAGUUUGAGGCCAUUCUGGUUUUCAUGAGACCCUGUCUCAAAAGCAAACAGGCCAGGCCUGGUGGUGGAGUCUUUAGUCCCCGCCCUUGGCAGGCAGCUUUCUGAGUUUGAGGCCAGCAUGGUUUACAGAGUGAGCUCUAGGCCAGACAGAGCUACAUAGUGAGAAUCUGUUUCAAAAAUCAAAGCUUUUGGUCUUAAUUUUUAAAUUAUUAUCUUCUUUAUCUUACGGUUACGGGUAUUUUUCUGCAUGUAUGUCUGUGCACCGUCUGUAUGCCUGGUGCCCACUGAAGCCAGAAGACAUUGGAUCCCCCGGAACUGAAGUUACACACAGCUGUGAGUCACUGUGUGGUUGCUGGGAAUCGAAUCAAGAUCCUUUAGGAAGAGUAGCCAGUGCUCUUAACCAUGGAACCAUUUCUCUAGCCCCAACUUCUAGCUUUCUAAUGAACUGGAUAUAAAUGACCAGCGUGGGGGUGGCAUGUUAGCCUGACUGCACAUCGAGAACGGAAUGCCAGUCUGGCUCACUAUGUCAGAGAUGGUCCAGGCUGCCUCACUAUGUCAGAGAUGAUGGUCCAGGCUGCCUCACUAUGUCAGAGAUGAUGGUCCAGGCGGCCUCACUAUGUCAGAGAUGAUGGUCCAGGCUGGCUCUGGGGACAAGACACCCCAGCUGAAGCAGCACAAGGCUGUGCCCGCCCAUAGGUGCUGUCUCCACAUUCUCUUCAGGAGGCAGAAACGAAGGCCUUGCUCAAAAAUGCCAAAGAGGGGAGCUGCUGUGCUGAUCGAAAAGCACAGGGGUGGCCUUUCCCAGCAUCCUCUUGGCAUUUGAUCCCCCACUCCACCCCAAGGCAGGGCCGGCACCCCUAUGCCACAGAUUAGGGAGCUGAACUUCCCUGGGUGGGGCCGCCCGUCAACGUCACCUGGGUAGGAAGAGGCAGAGCCCGUAGGGUUUGAGGCCACGGUGGUUGGCUGCCGGCAGAACCUGGGCCUACUCCGCCUUGCCCCACAUCUGGUUAGGGGAGAGAGGAGAGGAAGGCCCGGGAAAGAAAGAUCUGAAUGAAAACAUAAGCUGGGAGAAGCGAGGCUUCAAACCUGGGGCUAUCCGAUGAGGAGGCCCAGGAGGCUGACGAGUGACUGGAGAUUUUCUACAGUACCCAGUGUGGAGCAAGCCAGGUUCCCAGGGGAUCCUGGAGCCCAUCCUGCUCUGCUUCGGGCCAUGACGAUUCUGCGGUUCAUCGCACUUGCUCUGGUGACAGGGCAUGUAGGGGGAGAGACGAGGAUCAUCAAGGGUUACGAGUGCACCCCUCAUUCCCAGCCAUGGCAGGUGGCCCUUUUUCAGAAGACACGACUUCUCUGUGGGGCAACCCUCAUCGCCCCCAAAUGGCUCCUGACAGCAGCCCACUGCCGCAAGCCCCAUUACCUGGUCCUCCUUGGAGAACACAAUCUGGAGAAGACGGAUGGCUAUGAGCAGAAGCGAACGGCCACCGAGUCCUUCCCUCACCCGGACUUCAACAACAGCCUCCCCAAUAAAGACCACCGGAACGACAUCAUGCUGGUGAAGAUGUCGUCCCCCGCCGUCGUUACCCGGGCUGUGCGGCCGCUCACCCUGUCCUCACACUGCGUCACUGCGGGCACCAGCUGCCUCAUUUCCGGAUGGGGCACCACGUCCAGCCCCCAGUUGCGCCUGCCUCAUUCCUUGCGAUGUGCCAACGUCUCCAUCAUCGAACACAAGGAGUGUGAGAGCGCCUACCCGGGCAACAUCACAGAGACCAUGCUGUGUGCCAGUGUUCGGAAGGAGGGCAAGGACUCCUGCCAGGGCGACUCUGGAGGCCCUCUGGUCUGUAAUGGAUCUCUUCAAGGCAUCAUCUCCUGGGGUCAGGACCCGUGUGCAGUCACCAGAAAGCCUGGUGUCUAUACAAAAGUCUGCAAAUAUAUUGACUGGAUCCACGAGACUAUGAGAAACAACUAAAGGGGACCUGCUUGUCACCACCCCACCCCUCCCAUCUCUUCUUAAUGCUUUGACUUCCGUUCAUUCCUCCCUAAGAAGCCCUCGGCUAGGACCCUUGCGUGUACUCUCUUCAACCCACUGUGGAUUAGUAUAGGAAAUGCUCUGACCUGAUGAUCAACCUGGGACUUGGAACAAAUUCUGGCUUGAUCUAAGUUGUGACUCCUGAUAUGAUCAUCACUGGCUUUGUUUGGUUGUUUUGUUGUUGUUGUUGUUGUUGUUUUGUCCCCAGUCCUAAAGUCCUGGCUUAUUCCAGGGUUUCAAUAAAUAUUUGUUAAGUGGUAAAA